AUGUUUAGCGUCUGCUUAUGUGCCAGAUAUCAAGCCAACCCUAGGGAAUCUCACCUUGCAGCAGUCAAACGAAUCAUUAAAUAUCAAAAAGGAACAACCAAUGUUGGCUUAUGGUAUCCUAAAGGUAGUAUGAAUACUUUAGUUGGUUAUUCUGAUGCUGACUAUGCAGGUUGUAAAACUGAUCGCAAAAGCACCAGUGGAACAUGUCACAUUUUGGGAACUGCUCUAGUGUCAUGGUCCUGCAAGAAACAAGCAAGUGUGGCUCUUAGUACUGCUGAGGUUGAAUAUAUUGCAGCCGGAAGUGGAUGCGCUCAAAUCUUAUGGCUCAAACAAUAA